AAUGUUAAAUAUUUUAGUUAUGGAGAGAAAAGGGUAUAUAUAUGUUUUUUUUAAUUGGACCGAAGAAUUAAGUAAAAUCUCUGGGUCGAGAAAUUAAAAAAAUCGGUGUUCAGUUUGGUUUAGUUCAAAACCCUUUAAAAAUCGAUCUUAGAUCAUAUCGUCUUUUUUUUUUUUUUGUUUAAAAUUAUGAAUAAAACCUGUAAAAUAUAUACUUUUUACCUUAUAAAUGACUAUAUUUACUGUAACAAUAAUUGGUAAAACACAUAAAAAAAAAAAAAAAAAAUUGAAGUCAUUGAACAAAACCCCUUCCUAACAAAAUUCACCAACAUAAAACCGUACUAAGUACUGUACAUUUUAACACGGGUCUUAAAAAUCAUAAAUGGUCAAAAAGGAAAAAUAAAAUAAAAAUAGGGACAACGUGAUUAAUGUGGUGCUAGCCAAAUAACAACUCAUAAUUACGGUCUAGCAAUCUACUUACCCACAAAAUGACUUGAUUGUACGAGUUAAGUAAACAGAAGCGCGCCCUUAAACAUUAUUUUACCAUUAUAAAAACAUUCAACCUGUUUUCCAAAGUAUUUUCCUCAUUUUCAUUCAUCAUCUCCGUCAAUUGAUCGACGCUUGAAUUUGGUGAAAUCGCUCUCAAUUUCUCUCUCUCCUCUGCAAGCGCCAACCUUUCGUUGUCGUCAUUUCGUAACUUCUUUUUAUUUCUUCCAAUUUCUCAUCUUCUUUAAUACUAACUCUGUUUUGUUUUGCUCUGUAUUUUUCUUCUUUCUGUAUUAUUUUUGUUAUUGUUAUUGUUGUUGUUGUUGUUGUUGUUUUGUUUUGAAUUUUAGGGUUUUUUCGGAAUUCGUCGGAACUUGGUAAUUCUUGCGAUCCAAUCUAUUUUACACCAUGUCAAUUCACAUUCGCUACAAUUUGACCCAUAAUCGAAUUAAAGAAAAUUUGGAGUUGGAUAGAUUUAUUCCAAGUAGGUCGGCUAUGGAUUUCCAUUAUGCGCACUACAUGCUGACAGAAGGGUGGAAGGAGAAGAAGAAGGAGGAGGAUCAAUCUCCCUUUUCGCCGUCAAAGGAAGCGUACCGGCAGCGUUUGAAGGAGGUGUUUGGGAUGAAUAGGUCUAGAAUUCUUGCUUUCAGUAACAAGCCACCCGCCCCACUUCCCCUUGCCACCCCCAACUUGGAGGCUGUGUCUCUUCCAAAGCGAAUACGUCGUGUUCCUCAGACUGCAGAGCGCAUACUGGAUUGCCCUGGCCUGAUAAAUGACUAUUACUUGAACUUACUCGAUUGGGGUAAGGGCAAUGUUCUUGCUAUUGCUCUUGAAAACACUGUAUACCUGUGGGAUGCAUCCACACAUACUACAUUGGAGCUUGUGACUGUUUCUGAUGAUGAAGGCCCAGUAACUAGUGUGAGUUGGGCGCCUGAUUGUCGUCAUAUUGCCAUUGGCUUGGACAAUUCUAAAAUUCAGGUCUGGGAUUCUACUGCCAGUAGAAAGGUGAGAACAUUAAGGGAAGGUCACCAAGCUCGUAUUGGUUCACUGGCUUGGAACAGAAACAUCCUCACCACUGGAUCAGCAGACAGCAGAAUCAUAAACAAUGACUUGAGAGUUAGGAGUCAUAUAGUUGAAACUUACAGAGGACAUCGGCAUGAAGUUUGUGGGUUGAAAUGGUCACCUUCAGGUCGAUAUCUAGCCAGUGGAGGCAACGACAACCUUGUGCACAUCUGGGAUCGAUCAAUGGCCAGUUUCAAUUCUGCCACUCAGUGGCUGCACAGGAUUCAAGACCACACUGCUGCAGUUAAAGCCCUUGCUUGGUGUCCCUUUCAGAGUAACAUGCUGGCUUCUGGAGGAGGCAUGAACGAUCAAUGCAUAAAAUUCUGGAACAUUAAUACUGGUGCAUGCUUGAACUCGGUAAACACUGGAUCCCAGGUUUCGGCUUUGAUAUGGAGCAAUAAUGAACGCGAGCUGCUGAGCUCACAUGGGCUUCCUGAUAACAAUUUAAUUUUGUGGAAAUAUCCAUCAAUGGUGCAGAUGGCAGAGCUUACUGGGCAUACGUCCAGAGUACUUUUCAUGUCUCAGAGUCCUGAUGGCUUGGCAGUAGCUUCUGCAGGGGACGAGACCUUGCGCAUCUGGAAUGUAUUUGGCAAUCCAGACCAAGCGACGCCUAAGAAAGAAGUGACUCAUGAGCCAUUUGCUCAUGUGAGUCGCAUCCGUUGAUACAGGGGAUCAUUAAUCUAAAAUGUUUCUGUCUAUAUAUUUUGUAAUUACUGGAUACAUUCUUAGUUUGUUAUUAUAGUUAGUCCAUAUAUAUACCUAAUUUCUAGGAUUAAGCUUAGGUUAGUUGUUACCAUUGUAGUUUGUUUAUAUAACUGAUCAUUGCAAUAUACUUGAGCUUCC